AUGAAGACCUUUGGCGUCGUUGCCUUUAUGGCCCUGGUUGGCAACAUUGCCGCCGGCGUUGUCCCUUCGGACUGGAAGCGCGAUGGCGCGGAUGAAGAUACCGUCGGGUACCCGGGCUGGAAGCGUGAUGACGCAGGCGAAGAUACUGUUGGGUACCCGGGUUGGAAGCGUGAUGACGCGGAUGAAGAUACCGUCGGGUACCCUGGCUGGAAGCGUGAUGACGCAGACGAAGAUACCGUCGGGUACCCAGGCUGGAAGCGCGACGAUGCGGAAGAAGCAACCGUUGGCUACCCCGGCUGGAAGCGCGACGAUGCGGAUGAAGAUACCGUCGGGUACCCCGGCUGGAAGGCGUGA